GUCCUUCAGACUCUCCUCUCCUCACACUCCAACCUGUUCAUCUCUCAUCUGGACAGUAAGGGUUGUUCACAUCACACACUGACAACAUGCUGGGGACACUCUGCACUCUCAUCACUGCUCUAACAUGUGUCAGUGGUGUGGUUGUAGUGACACAGAAGCCUCCUGUUGUGACAGUGAGGAAAGGAGAGAUGGUCACUCUGGACUGUAACACGGGGGAUGAUGGCAAGAUUGCUUUUUGGUAUAAACACGUACAAGGAGGAGUUCCUCGGUUGGUGUUAUAUUACCACCAUAGUUACAGCUCUGUAAAAUACGGUUCUGGUUUCUCCUCUCCUAAAUUCACAUGUAAUCAUCAGUCUCAAAGAGAUUAUCAGUUUCUCAUCAAUAAUGUGGAGGAGUCAGACUCAGCAGUGUAUUACUGUCAUACAUGGGACGGCUAUGCUUCAGAACACGUAUUCGGACAAGGAACCAAGCUCAUUGUCACUGAUGGAGAUCUUGGUACACCUGCUGUGACCCUGUUCCCUCCAUCUACUGAAGACCUCAAGUCCAGUAAAACAACCCUGGUGUGUCUGGCUAGUAACCUGUCUGAGAGGUCCAAGGGGUUAGUAGAUGUCAGCUGGACUUCUAACGGUCAAUCAGUGACAGAUGUUUCUACCAGCCCUGCUGAGCAACAACCAGACAAAACCUUCAAGAUCAGCAGCUAUCUGACCAUUAACACUGAAGAGUGGGACAAGGACGUCCUGUUCACAUGUAAAGUGUCAUUUGGGUCAACAUACUCUGAGAAAGAGAUCAGAAAGUCUAGUUGCAGAAUGUAAAGUUGUAGUUUGAGUAAAUUAGUAUAACGGUAGUUUUGCUUUUUUAGAGUGGGUUUUAACAACAUGUCAGUAUUGAUGAAAUAACUUUACUUACACGUAUACAUUAAACCUUUCCAAAAAUACUACAAAAUACACUGGGUGAGGAAACCUACUGUAUUCUUAUUCAUAGUUUCAUCAUUGCUGUAUUGUCUGGAUAUUAAAU